UCCGCUAAACAUCCAGUUCAGCUAUGGCGACUCACGGCGGAAGCGGCAGCUCGAACGUCCGGCAAGAGAAGGUUGACAAGGAGUGUGAGCUCAGAAUCGAAGUCAGCCCCGACACGCCUCUCCGGCUUCGGGUCCUAAACGGCACCGCGGAAAUCUUCGGCACUGAACUCCCUCCUCAAAUUUGGCUCACCUUCCCCCCUCGCCUCAAAUUCGCCGUCUUUACUUGGUAUGGGGCCACAAUUGAGAUGGAUGGUCCAACUGAAACCGAGUAUACGGCUGAUGAGACACCCAUGAUCAGUUAUGUAAAUGUGCACGCUGUACUUGAUGCUCGACGGCAUCGUGCCAAAGCUUCAGCAAGUGAUUCUGAUACUUACCAGGGUCCCAGGGUUAUUGUUGUGGGACCUACGGAUUCUGGAAAGAGUACCUUAUCAAGGAUGCUUCUUAGUUGGGCCGCUAAACUAGGGUGGAAACCAACUUUUGUGGAUUUGGAUAUAGGCCAAGGCUCUAUAACCGUACCUGGUUGUAUUGCUGCCACUCCUAUUGAAUUGCCCAUUGAUCCGGUAGAAGGAAUUCCUCUCGAAAUGCCACUAGUCUACUUUUUCGGCCAUGUUACUCCUAGUGCAAAUGUUGAUCUUUACAAGGUACUUGUAAAGGAACUUGCCCAGACUUUAGAAAAACAAUUUUCCGGAAACGCUGAAUCUCGAGCUGCGGGGAUGGUUAUCAACACCAUGGGAUGGAUAGAAGGUGUUGGUUAUGAGUUGCUACUUCAUGCAAUUGAUACAUUCAACGCCACUGUUGUUCUGGUCUUGGGCCAGGAGAAACUUUGGAGCAUGCUCAAUUAUGCAUUGAAAAGUAAGCCUAAUGUGGAUGUGGUGAAACUUCAAAAAUCUGGCGGUGUUGUGUCCAGGAACGCCAAAGUACGGCAGAAGUCAAGGGGCUACAGAAUACGGGAAUAUUUUUACGGUCCAUCAAAUGAUCUUUCCCCCCACUCCAACAUAGCAAAUUUCAGUGAUCUGUCAAUUUUCCGAAUUGGUGGUGGGCCACAGGCUCCACGUUCAGCUCUCCCAAUCGGUGCAGAGCCAGCUGCAGAUCCAGCAAGAUUAGUCCCCGUUAAUAUCAACAGAGACUUGCUACAUUUAGUUCUUGCUGUGUCUUAUGCCAAGGAGCCAGAUCAGAUCAUUUCUAGUAAUGUUGCUGGGUUCAUCUAUAUCACCGACAUCGACAUACAAAGGAAGAAAAUAACGUAUCUUGCACCGUGCGCUGGGGAACUUCCGAGCAAGAAUCUUAUCGUGGGAACCUUGGCGUGGAUCGAGAACUGAAGCGCUGCACGACCUCGAGGAAUCAUGAGCUAGGCUUUGUUUAUUUCUGUUCAAGAGAACCCCAUUCUGAGCUCUUUGCUGUGUCAUUGUAAACUAGAAUGUUGUUGAAAUGAUAGGGAAUCUGGUUGCAAGAAAUGUACAGUGCUGAGUAUUGUGGAUAAUUUCUCAUCAUUUUUACUUCAUAGUUCAUACUAAUUACUAAUCAUGUUUGCCAAAAA